UAGCUGCCUGCCUGCGUCGUCAUCACUGCUGGCUGAUGCGCAGUGCGGCUAGCAUAGCUGGUUCGGUUACAUGCACGCCAUGCAUGCGUGCAUUAAUCAGCAGCAGAAAAGCUUGCGUCCCCCAACUCAUCGAUCCCCACUCCACACAUCUCCCUUCCAUCGAUCGAUAGAUCAGCUAAUCCCUCGCAUAAAUCCUCGAUCCGGCCGGCCGGCGGCUUAAUUCCUAGGUUUUCCUCCUCUUCAGUUCUUCCUCAUCUAGUCCGUCCGUCCGUUGUCUUCUUCCAAGAUCCCAGACGAUGCAAGCCUCAUCGGCGGCGGCGGCGGCGGCGUGCUCGGCUAUCAAGCCGGCGGCGCAUCAGCACACCGUGCAAGUCCAGGAAGAUAAGAGGGGAUCGGAAUUCAGGGCUCGGUUUGGAACGAGGAAACUGUCCUGGGGAGGUAAAUUGUCGGUGGAAAAUUCUGCUCUACACCAGUGUCAAAGUCUCACAAGAAGCAUAAGGAGGCAAAAAAGACAACAUUCUCCAGUCCUCCAAGUGAGAUGCUAUGCCAUUGCUGGUGAUCAGCACGAAUCCAUCGCCACUGAGUUUGAAGAAAUUUGCAAAGAAGUUCCCCAGAAACUGGGAGCUUUUUAUCGGUUUUGCCGACCCCACACAAUUUUUGGCACUAUAAUAGGAAUCACUUCAGUUUCUCUCCUGCCAAUGAGGAGCCUAGAUGAUUUUACUAUGAAAGCAUUAUGGGGAUUUCUUGAGGCUUUAUCCUCUUCUUUAUGUAUGAAUAUCUAUGUUGUAGGCCUGAAUCAACUAUAUGACAUCCAGAUUGAUAAGGUCAAUAAGCCCAGCCUUCCGUUGGCGUCAGGAGAAUUUUCAGUGGCAACUGGAGCAGUGUUAGUACUCACGUCCUUGAUCAUGAGCAUUGCCAUUGGAAUCAGAUCCAAAUCAGCUCCUUUGUUAUGUGCUUUGUUUAUCAGUUUCUUUCUUGGAAGUGCAUACUCUGUUGAUGCUCCGUUACUCCGGUGGAAAAGGAACGCGUUUCUCGCUGCAUCUUGUAUACUAUUUGUAAGAGCUGUCUUAGUUCAGCUAGCUUUCUUUGCACAUAUGCAGCAACAUGUUCUGAAGAGGCCCUUGGCACCAACAAAGUCGGUGGUUUUCGCAACAUUAUUCAUGUGUUGCUUUUCUUCAGUUAUAGCUUUAUUCAAGGAUAUUCCAGAUAUUGAUGGUGACAGACAUUUUGGCGUCGAAUCCCUGAGCGUACGUUUGGGUCCAGAAAGAGUGUAUUGGCUCUGCAUAAACAUACUAUUAACAGCAUAUGGGGCUGCCAUUUUGGCUGGAGCAUCAUCUACAAAUCUAUGUCAAAUGAUUAUCACCGUUUUCGGCCAUGGCCUGCUUGCCUUUGCACUUUGGCAGAGAGCACAGCACUGUGACGUUGAAAACAAGGCGUGGAUCACAUCAUUUUACAUGUUCAUUUGGAAGUUGUUCUACGCUGAGUAUUUCCUUAUACCAUUUGUGCAGUGAGCACUAUAUACACAAGGGCAAGAAAUUUUUGACCAUGCACAUGAGCAAUUAUAUGAAACUUGCUACUGUGAUGGCAGUCUGUAUCCAAUGCUUUGGAGUGUGCUGCAAUAUAUGCAAAUGUGGAUAAAGGCAAUUAGGAGCAUACAGUUUAGAGCAUAUACUGUACCUAUGUAGCUGCUGACCUUUGAGUAACUGUUGUUUGGAGAAGCCAUCUCGUAUCAUUGGGUUUUUUUUCUUUGUUGGGCUAUCUGGCUGGUGAGCUGCAUGUCAAAGAGGAAGAAAUACUGACGGUGGGUGAUUUGAAAUGCUUCCCAGUAUUCAUGUGUCAAAAGAUAUCACAAUGGCAAAUUGUCAAGCCUGAGGGAGGUGGCUCAAGAGAUACUACUCCAUCCCAAAAUAUAGGGUGUGUUUAGUUCACGCUAAAAUUGAAAGUUUGAUUGAAAUUAGAAUGAUGUGAUGAAAAAGUUAGAAGUUUAUGUGUGUAGGAAAGUUUUGAUGUGAUGAAAAAGUUGGAAGUUUGAAGAAAAAGUUGGGAAUUAAACCAGGCCAUACUUUUGUAGUUUUUUAACAAAUAUUAAGGAAAGUGGUAAUGGGGGAA